AUGAGACUUAUCAGUACUAUUUUGAAUAUUUUCCUUUUAGCGGGAACUUGCUUGUUAUUAUUGCUUGUCAUUUUGUCGGGUGCCUCAGAUAACUUCCCAUUGAAUGACUUUUACUGGAUUAAGGCUGACACCUCGCUGAUUUCGGGAGCACCAAAGAUGGCUGCAUGGACAUUCUGGGGUGUUUGUGAAGAAAACGACUACAGCAAGUGUACCCUGGGACCAGCAUACCCUAUUUCACCAAAGGACAACUUUGACACCACCAGUAAUGUGCCAAAGGACUUUGUUGAUAACAGAGGAACCUACUACUAUUUAUCCAGAUUUUCUUUUGCAUUUACUCUUGUGGCCGUUGGAUUCACCGGCAUUGCGCUUAUUAUUGAUGUGCUUGCAUUCUGUUUCCUGAUCAUCGACAAGGUUGUUAUUGCGUUUGUCUCGUUUGCGUUAUUCUUCAUUGCCGGUCUUGCUGCUUUCCAGACCGCCGUUGUUGUUAUGGCCAGAAAUGCUUUCAACCAGGAAAGCAUGAACCCAACCGUUGGUAUCAAGUUGAUGGCCAUCACCUGGACCGCAUUUGUUUGUAUUUUGAUUGUUUUCAUCAACACUUGUUUUGCUAACAUCUCCAACUCCUACAAGAAACAUAUGUCCAGAGUUAAAGAAAACCAAGGUGCCGCCGCCGUUGUCCCUGAUGUUAAUCAACGUGACGACUCCUCUUUCACCAGAGCCAACGCUGGUGCAGUCGACCCAGAAACCAGAGAAGCUGACAAUGGUGGCAUCAGAUUUUUCAAGAUUAAGAGAAACAACCAAAAAAUCUCUGACGAUGAAAGCAUCUAA